AAUGCCCACAGACGGAGUGCUUUGUUUCAGAUCAAUUCUUUGCUGCAAUUGCUUCGAUCCACCCGGUGAAAAGCCGUAAUUCACCCUGAGGAAUUCCUACCUGUAGACUUCCUUGUACUCAAAAUGAAUUGUGCUUUUUUUCAUUGAUUAUUUCGUAAUUCAAAAAUAAAUGAUAAUAAAAUUCUGUCACAAAAAUAACUCAUAAACCCCUAAACCCCUUUCCAUCUCUGUGGCCUUUCCGUAGCCAUGGGUUUCUUCGACCUGAACAUCGCAUAUCUUGAAUCCUCACCUUCCGAUAAGACGCCAGUGAAACUAGGCUACAUCGGCAUCGCCUACAACCGUACGAUCAAAGGCGUGAUGUCCGAUCACGACCGUUCCAUCUCCCUCCUCUCUCUCUCUCUCUCUCUCUCUCUCUCUCUCUCUCCUCCUCCGUCAAUCUCCACCGUGACCUCCUCAAUGUUCCACGCGCCUCACUGUCUGCGUCGAAAACCAGUCCCAAGCUCUCGCACUCAACUCUGGCAACCCUAUCUUGAAAACCUACGACUUGGUCGCCGUCAAGCCUUUGGACCAGAGCGCGUUCGACGAUGCCUGUAACAAAUCCGAGCGUGGAGUUUAUUUUGAGAUUAUGUAUUCAGAUCUUAUCGCCAAUGUCCAAACAAGGAAGGCAAAUGAUAACCAAUGCUAAGGUACCUGCUGCAGCUACUGGACUGCCUGAACAGUGUGAUAGUGUUGAUCUUCCAAAAUCAGAUCAAACUUUUGUCUUUGAUACUCCAUUGAUACAUCAAGUCUCUGGCUGUGAAAAUUCUCAGAACUUAUACUCACCAAAUGAUACUGCAAGAGCUUUGACCAACUGUGAGGAAAUUAUAACUCCUACAACCACCUCCAAAGUAGAAAAGGAGAUCCAAAUGGGUCUCUGAUUCUUGCCUUCAAUGUAGCA